AUCUUUAAUUUUAUAAUGAAGUGUUCAAUGCUAUUAAAAAGACUUUUAUACAACUACAAUAGAAUACAUAAAUGCGGCAAAUCGAGUGAUAAUAAAAAUGAGUGGCAAAGUGUCGUAGGAUUAGAAGUGCAUGCUCAGUUGAAUACCAAAUCGAAACUAUUUUCGGGUGCUGAAAAUACUUUUGGUGGCUUAGUGAACAAUUGUGUGUCGUUAUUUGAUGCUGCAAUACCAGGAACAUUACCGGUUUUAAACAGAAAAUGUGUUGAAUUAGGCGUUUUAACUGCGUUAGCACUUUCGUGUAAAGUAAAUGAGGUGUCCUCUUUUGACCGAAAACAUUAUUUCUACGCUGAUUUACCCGCCGGCUAUCAGAUAACGCAACAAAGAGCUCCAUUAGCAAAUGAUGGCAUUAUUAAUUUUCAGGUUUACACACCGGGUAUUCACAAAAAGCCAUAUAACAAGAGUUCAAAAAUAAAACAAAUACAAUUAGAGCAAGACAGCGGUAAAUCUCUUCAUGAUGAGGAGUUAAAGCGGAGCCUCAUGGACUUGAACAGAGCUGGAGCACCACUCAUUGAAUUGGUUUUCGAACCUGACCUUGAGGAUGGAGAAGAAGCAGCAGCUCUUGUCAAAGAGCUUGUGUUAAUAGUACAGAGGUUAGGAGCAUGUACAGGUCGGAUGGAGGAAGGUGUUUUGAGAGUUGAUGCCAAUGUGUCCAUGCGUCGUAUUGGCAGUCCACUUUCAACACGCACUGAGAUAAAAAACAUAGGAUCGGUUCGUGGUGUUGCUGGUGCUAUAAGACAUGAAAUAGACAGACAAAAAUCUAUAUUAGAAAAUGGAGGCCAAAUUGUCAAUGAAACUCGAGCUUGGGAUGCUACAGCAAAGAUCACUAUUCCAAUGCGAGACAAGGAAAUUGUACAAGAUUACAGAUUUAUGCCUGAACCAAACCUUCCUCCUUUAAGGCUGAACGUCAAAACAAAAGAAGACAAUGAAGAUGUUAUAAGUGUGCUUCUUAUUAAAGAAAAAAUACCAGAAUUGCCAGAAGAAUCUAGAAGAAAAUUAAUCACAAAAUAUGAAUUACGUCCAGAAAUAGCAGUGCAACUUGUAAAUGAACCUGUCUUGUUAGAAUUUUUCGAAAAAAUCACCUUAGAAAAUAGUAGAAAUCCAACUAAAGUCGCUAAUCUUUUACUUAACGAUUUGUUAACUGUACUUAAUAAAAAGAAAAUUGAUGUUGCGUAUUGUCCUAUAACAGUAAGUUAUUUAGAGGAGUUGGUCGAUUUGUUAUUAGAUAAGAAAAUAAGUUUAGAUGUGUGUCGUAAAACUAUUAAUGAGCUUGUUGAAAAUGAGAGUUCUUCGCCUAUUGACAUAAUAAAACAAAAAGGCUGGUUAUUAACAUCAGAUGAAGAAGAUAUAAUAAAGUAUUGUAUUGAAGUCAUAGAAAACAACCCAAAAUUAGUUAAACAAUAUAAAGAAGGGAAAAUUAAAGUGUUUAGAGCUUUACUCGGAAUUUUAUCUAAAAGCACUAAUGACAAAAUUGACAUGUCAAUAGCAUCCAAAAAGUUAGAGGAAUUAUUAAAGAAAUAAAAAUUGAUAAAAAAUUA